CGGGUGGGCAGAGAGGUGCGUCUGCCUGGGUCUGUCCCUGGCGCUGAGCCAGGCCUGAGUCAUGUUGCUCACUCAUUCCUCCCAGCUCUUCUCCACUCACCUCUGCACUGCUGCUGAGGGAGCCCCGCCCUGGUGCCGGCUGCCGCUUGUGGCCUCGGGCGGGCACGAGUAGAGGGGCCAGGGGCUGUCUGGCCUGCCCCCAUCCUGCCGGUGCCUCCCUCCCCCUCCACUCGUCCUGAGUUAAUUAUAACUCUGACCUAAGUGCCCUGUGACACCACGCCCCAGCGGCCCUGCGGGAGACCCAGCAACCAGGUCCAUGUCCCAGCCAUGCUCCCUGCAGACGUGCCCCUGGCCCACCUGAAUCCUUCACUGCUGCUGCUGCUGCUAUUGCAGCUGCUGCCCCCUGCAACCUCCUUCUUCCCCAACAUCUGGAGCCUCCUGGCUGCCCCCGGGUCCGUCACCCACCAGGACCUGACCGAGGAGGCGGCGCUCAAUGUCACCCUGCAGCUCUUCCUGGAGCAGCCACCCCCGGGCCGUCCCCCGCUUCGUCUUGAGGAUUUCCUGGGCCACACCCUUCUUGCUGACAACCUCUUUGCUGCCUACUUUGGACCUGGGUCUCCUUCCCGGAGGUUCCGAGCAGCCUUAGGUGAGGUCUCCCGUGCCAACGCAGCCCAGGACUUUCUGCCAACAUCCAGGAAUGACCCUGACCUGCACUUUGAUGCUGAGCGGCUGGGCCAGGGGCGCACACGCCUAGUGGGGGCUCUCCGGGAGGCCCUGGUGGCAGCCAGAGCUCUUGACCACACCCUGGCCCGCCAGCGCCUUGGGGCUGCACUUCAUGCUUUGCAGGAUUUCUACAGUCACAGCAACUGGGUGGAACUGGGACAGCAGCAGCCACACCCUCACCUCCUCUGGCCUAGGCAGGAGCUCCGGAGCCUGGCACAAGUGGACGAUCCUACCUGCUCUGAUUGCGAGGAGUUGAGCUGCCCCGGGAAUUUGCUGGGCUUUACACUCCUCACCUCUGGCUACUUUGGAACUCAUCCCUCCAAACCUCCAGGGAAAUGUAGCCAUGGGGGCCGUUUUGACCAGAGCAGCUCCCAGCCACCACGGGGAGGCAUCAACAAGGAUAGCACAUCCCCAGGCUUCUCUCCCCAUCACAUGCUGCACCUCCAGGCAGCAAAGCUGGCCCUUCUGGCCUCCAUCCAGGCCCUCAGUCUCCUGCGAAACCGGCUGGGAGACAGGGGUUUCUCCAGGCUCCUGGACAUCAGCCCAGCCUCCAGUCUGAGCUUCGUCCUAGACACCACAGGCAGUAUGGGUGAGGAGAUCAAUGCUGCCAAAAUCCAGGUUCGCCACAUUGUGGAACAGCGACGGGGCAGCCCCAUGGAGCCUGUCCACUACAUCCUGGUCCCUUUCCAUGAUCCAGGGUUUGGCCCUGUCUUUACCACCAGUGACCCUGACAGCUUCUGGCAACAACUCAAUGAGAUCCAUGCCUUGGGGGGUGGAGAUGAGCCCGAGAUGUGUCUGUCAGCCCUGGAGCUGGCUCUGCUGCACACACCUCCACUCUCAGACAUCUUUGUCUUCACUGACGCCUCCCCCAAGGAUGCCUUUCUCACCAACCGGGUGGAGUCCCUGACUCAGGAGCGGCGCUGCAGAGUAACAUUCCUAGUGACGGAGGACCCAUCGAGGGUUCAGGGCCGAGCUCGGCGUGAGGUCUUGUCCCCUCUGCGUUUUGAGCCCUAUGAAGCAGUGGCCUUGGCCUCAGGAGGAGAGGUAAUCUUCACCAAAGACCAGCACAUUCAGGAUGUGGCAGCUGUUGUUGGGGACAGCAUGGCUGACCUGGUUACCCUUCCCCUGGAACCUCCUGUUGUAGUGUCUGGAAGGCCACUUGUGUUCAGCGUGGAUGCACUGCUCCAGAGGGUCACAAUCCGGAUCCAUGGGGAGGUCAGCAGCUUCUGGAUCAGGAACCCUGCAGGGGUCUCCCAGGGCCAGGAGGAAGGCGAGGGACCUCUAGGUCACACUCGCCGCUUUGGGCAGUUCUGGAUAGUUACCAUCAGUGACCCCCCACAGACAGGGACCUGGGAGAUCCUGGUCACAGCCGAGAGCACACCCCGGGUGAGAGUGCAAGCCCAGACAUCCCUGGACUUCCUCUUCUACUUUGGGAUCCCUGUGGAGGAUGGCCCCCACCCUGGCCUCUACCCCCUGACUCAGCCAGUUGCAGGCCUCCAGACCCAGCUGCUGGUAGAGGUGACAGGGCUGGGCUCCAGAGGCAACCCUGGAGCUCCUCUGCCGCAUUUCUCUCACGUCGUCCUACGAGGGGUCCCGGAAGGUGCCGAGCUGGGCCGGGUGCCUUUGGAGCCCACGGGACCGCUGGAGCGAGGUUUCCUCGCCGCCUCACUACCGUCCGCACUUCUGUCCACUGUGGGACCUUUCUCUCUGGAGUUGAUUGGCCGGGACGGAGAGGGGCAGAGCCUGCACCGAGCUGCUCCCCAGCCCUGCACCGUGGUCCCUGUCCUUCUGGAGCUCAGCGGCUCCCCGGGAUUCCUGGCUCCAGGCAGCAAGGCCCCGCUCAGCCUCCGCAUCGCCAGCUUCUCGGGCCCUCAGGAUCUCGAUCUUAGGACAUCUGUCAAGCCCAGCUUCGCUCUCACCUCCAACCUCUCCAGCUUUGGGCGCGGAUCCUGGGCUCUCAACUAUUCGAGAGCUUGGGCCUUCAGCCCGGCGUCCGUACUCGACAGGGUUCGCCUGGAACCAAAUGAGACCGCCUGGGGGCGCCUGUGGUUGGAGAUCCCGGACUCAGCGGCUCCAGACUCCGUGGUGAUGGUGACUGUGACUGCGACAGGUCCAGAAGCCAGCCCAGUGCCCCCGACCCAUGCCUUCCUCCGGCUCCUGGUGCUGGCCCCCACCCCGCAGGACCCGCUGGCUGCCCCUGCCCACUCAUCUGGCCCUAUCCUCGCCUCCACCAGCCCUGCCUCCACUUCGGUGACUCAGGGAAGGGCUGGGGGAGGGCUGGUGGGCAACCCCUGGUGGGGCACAGUUGGAGGGGUGCUGCUUCUGCUAGGCCUGGCCUCCUGGUGACACCAGAACCCCUAGAGGGAUGUGCCUGCAGCGCUAUUUUUAGUCUGGCCCCACUGGUGAGAAGGCAACCGGGCCUUGGGACCCGACCUCUCCCAACUGGGAUGGAGGUUUUCCUUCUCACACACUUGUCCCUCUCUUUCUUUGUGAGAUUGGGAUAGAGGGCAAUGGACUUUCCCACAAUGCACUUUCCCCAACCCUGCUGGGAACCAAAGCAAAUACUCCUUUUUGGAGAAAAUUGGCCUCUAUUUCUCUGUAGCAAAAUCUCUUUACUCCACUAUUUAUUCAUGCUUUCCUAAGCUCAGGUAGAAGGAAAGAUAUAUGGGGAGGAGACUAAAGUUGAGAGUGGGGGGUUUAUAGAAUUGUUCUUACUUGAAAUUCUGAGGAAGCUCCUAUUUUAUUUUUGUAUUUAAAGCUGAAGGACAGUUUCAAUAAACAUGUCUUCUCUA